AUGAAGAAGCUGUGGAUGCCCUCUGAGGGGAUGUCUCCCACCUGCCUGCAGUGCAUCUCCCUCCACAGCUCUGAGUGGGGAGGCCCUAAAAACCUCCCAGGGAGCCCCACUGGCCACAGCCCGGUGAGAGCUGUGCCAUCGCCAUUGCUGGCCGUGUGCCACUCCAUGGGACCUGUUGAGGGUCCUAGCCCAGGUGAGGUGAGACGCCUGAGGCCGGGUAGCUCCCAGCCCCCGGCCCCCGGCUCCAGCCCCCGGCCCCCGGCUCCAGCCCCCGGCCCCCAGCUUCCAGCCCCCAGCUCCCAGUCCCCGGCCCCCGGCUUCCAGCCCCCAGCCCCCAGCUUCCAGCCCCCGGCCCCUGGCCCCCAGCUCCCAGUCCCCGGCCCCCGGCUCCUGGCCCCCGGUCCCCGGCCCCUGGCUCCUGGCUCCUGGCCCCCAGCUCCCAGUCCUUGGCCCCCAGCUCCCAGCCCCCGGCCCCCAGCUCCCAGCCCUGAACGGGUGGAAGCAACCUUGGGGUGCGCCGUGACCCUGCAGUCUGACUGCGUGUUGUUGGAACAUGACAAGGAGUUCUUCCACCCGCGCUACCACCACCGGGAGUUCCGCUUCGAUCUGUCCAAGAUCCCAGAGGGGGAAGCCGUGACCGCGGCCGAGUUCCGGAUCUACAAGGACUAUGUCCGGGAGCGCUUCGACAAUGAGACCUUCCGGAUCAGCGUGUACCAGGUGCUGCAGGAGCACCUGGGCAGGGAGUCGGACCUCUUCCUGCUGGACAGCCGCACCCUGUGGGCCUCUGAGGAGGGCUGGCUGGUGUUCGACAUCACCGCCACCAGCAACCACUGGGUGGUCAACCCUCGACACAACCUGGGCCUGCAGCUCUCAGUGGAGACUCUGCAUGGGCAGAGCAUCAACCCCAAGCUGGCGGGGCUGAUCGGGCGGCACGGGCCCCAGAACAAGCAGCCCUUCAUGGUGGCCUUCUUCAAGGCGACGGAAGUGCACCUCCGCAGUGCCCGCUCCACGGGGGCGAAGCAGCGCAGCCAGAACCGCUCCAAGACGCCCAAGAACCAGGAGGCGCUGAGGCUGGCCAACGUGGCAGAAAACAGCAGCAGUGACCAGAGGCAGGCGUGUAAGAAGCACGAGCUCUACGUCAGCUUCCGGGACCUGGGGUGGCAGGACUGGAUCAUCGCACCCGAGGGCUAUGCGGCCUACUACUGCGAGGGAGAAUGUGCCUUCCCGCUGAACUCCUACAUGAACGCCACCAACCACGCCAUUGUGCAGACGCUGGUCCACUUCAUCAACCCGGACACGGUGCCCAAGCCCUGCUGCGCACCCACCCAGCUCAACGCCAUCUCUGUGCUCUACUUCGACGACAGCUCCAACGUCAUUCUGAAAAAGUACAGGAACAUGGUGGUGCGGGCCUGCGGCUGCCACUAGGCCCUCCGGGAAUCCAACCCUUCCGUCCACGCUUCUCCGGAUCCACCCAGAAGCUCCCGAGGACCUCCCCCAUCCCCGGGACCUCUCCCCUCCCCAGCUCACUGGGGCCGGAGCUUCGCUUGCUUGGUCACCUGUGGAUGAGAUCUUGGCCAGCUUUGCCAGAGAAAGACCAGCCGGAAAAAUAACCACAAAGAGAACCAGCCGGGCCCAGGCGCGGCUGU